GUCGCCGAGGGGGAGCGAGCGAGCACGGGCGGCCGUUUCGUCGCCUCUUCCCUUCUCUUCCCCCCAGUGGACUGUGGACGCGUGCCGCGGCGGUCGUCGCCGGCCGCAAGAGGAGAGCGAUUCCAAGCGGACCCGGUCUAUUAAUCUCUUCUAGCAGCAUAGUUUGGGGGCGAUUGCUGGGUCGUUGGAGCAGGUUUGGGGUCACCACCGCUCGCUCGCUCGGUUGGUCUCUCACUGACUCUCUCGUCGCUCCCUCCGCCGAUCUUCUCCCGUACGGUCUUGGCCGGAAAAAGGAAUUGUUUGCGGAGGCGGCGGCGUCGAUCCGGACAGCGUCGAUCGGAGGGGGGUGGAGGCGAAGGCGGGGCGGAUGGAGGAGCUCUCGUCGGCGGCGGCGUUCGUGGAGGGCGGCGUCCAGGACGCCUGCGACGACGCCUGCAGCAUCUGCCUCGAGGCCUUCUCCGACAGCGACCCCUCCGCGGUGACCAGCUGCAAGCACGAGUUCCACCUCCAGUGCAUCCUUGAAUGGUGCCAGAGAAGUUCCCAGUGUCCCAUGUGUUGGCAGGCAAUCAGCAUGAAGGACCCAAUGAGCCAAGAGCUCCUUGAGGCUGUUGAGGAAGAGCGGAAUGUGCAAGAAAAUCAUGUGCGCACAACUACUAUUUUUCGCCAUCCACUGCUUGGAGAUUUUGAGGUACCCAUCGAUGCAGAUGAUGCAGAAAUUGAAGAACGUAUCAUACAGCACUUGGCAGCUGCGGCUGCAAUACGUAGGUCACACCGCCAUGCCAGAAGAGAAGGUCGUCGCAGCAGAUCGGCAGCACAUGGCCACCCACAAACUCUAUUCUUUUCAACUGCUGAGACCACUUCUGGUGGAUCUAUGUCAUCAAGUUCACGGCAAGUAGGGGUUCGUGAACAUGCUCCUAUUGUAAUUUCUGCUCGCCCAUUUCCUACCGUGGAUUCUACACAAGAAACAGCUGCAGACACAUCUGCGCCUGACGCUACCUUGGCUAAUAGUGGCCCUGUUGUGUCAGAUAAUAGAGUUUCUAGGAACCAAACUUCACCUGUCAGCCAAGAUGAAGCUGGACCAUCUGAUGUGCAGUCAUUCUCAGACUCGUUAAAAUUACGCCUGCAAUCAGUUUCAACAAAGUACAAGGAUUCUAUAACGAAUAGUACACGCGGGUGGAAGGAAAGGUGGUUCACGCAGAAGAACACUAUAUCAAAUCUUGGUUCAGAGGUGAGGUGGGAGGUCAAUGCUGGAAUCGCUGCUGUAUCACGCAUGAUGGAGCGACUGGAAACACGAGAUGGAACAGGACCAUCGUCUACUUCGGCAACCAACGUUCACUCUGCUUUAGAUACAAAUAAUCAAGGAGCUUCGCCCCCAAAAGUUGCGACUGUUGGAAAUGACGCCUCAUCUUCAGCAACUUGAAUGUCACAAAUUAGAUUCUCAAUGAGUUUACACUACAUGUGGUUAUGAAGUGCGGUACGUGCUAUGCUUCUACUCCAGAGGACGUACUUCACAGUCUAUGUCACUUUCUCAUUAAUCAGUCUAGGAUGAGAAUGUCUGUUGCGAAUAACGUCUCCUUCAGUAGUGCUGAUACUUCAGUUCUCCAAAUAUUCUGCAUCAAUAUGAAGGAUAUACAAUGCUUGGGGUUCCUUCUGAACGCUCACUUGCAAUCAUCUGCAAUAUUUGCAUGGAUGCAAUGAACUGGUUUGAAGAAUCUAUGUACAGAUUGUCAUGGAAGUGCAAAUGUGCAAUACGAUAUAUAUCUCUGCUCUUGUUUCUUUAGAAUUCUAAGCCAAGUGCAUGUUGUAUUAUUUAUCCUUUUAAUAGAACCCUAAAAUGAACAUGAACAGGGUAGUACUGAUUGUUAUAGGUGAGACGUUGCAUCCAUCCCACUUUUGAAUGUAUCAGCAUAGCCCCCAC